AUGGCUGCCAAGGGGAAGGGCUUCCAGCAAUCUCAGAUGGCCCAGUGGAACAGGAGUGGCUAUUUCAGGAGCUCUGGUAGCAGAGAUGUGAAUCCCGACCUUGAAGCUGAAAGGCAGACUGCCUCCUUCAGCGUGGAGAGGCUCACUGCCAUAUUGGAUGGAGGUGCUGACAACACCAGGACACGGAGGGCAGUGGAGGCAGUUAUCCACAGCGACCCUGGCUUUAGCAGAGAAAACCAAUACUUCCAGAGCCAGAAUGAGAGGUAUGAAGCAGCAGUCAGAAAAGCUGUGUACCUCAAGGAGAAGAUGCAUCAAAUGGGAUGGACUGAAGACGGGCCUGAAAUUAAGUACUGCUACAGGGCAAUUGGAGGAGACCUAGCAUUUAACGUCCACCGAGUCUUUAAGAACAGUAUCUUGGCCCUGGGAACAGAUGAACAGAUUGCCAAGUGGAUCCCACUUGCUGACAAAUACCACAUUAUAGGAACCUAUGCUCAGACUGAAUUGGGACAUGGGACAUUUCUUCGGGGUUUGGAGACAACAGCGAUUUUUGACAUUUCCACUCAGGAAUUUACACUGAAUACACCAAAGAUCUCUUCAAUGAAGUGGUGGCCUGGAGACUUGGGCAGAUCAGCAACCCACGCUGUGGUUUUUGCCCAGUUGUAUAUUAAAGGAAAGUGCUACGGUUUGCAUGCCUUCAUCCUGCAGAUCCGCAGCCUUCGUGACCAUUCACCUGCACCAGGGGUUAUUGUGGGAGACAUCGGUCCCAAAAUGAAUUUUGAACACAUUGACAAUGGUUAUCUCAUGCUGCAGAACAUUAAUAUUCCUAGAGAAAACAUGCUGAGCAGAUUCUCUCAGGUUCUACCAGAUGGCACCUACAUGAAACAAGGGUCCGAUAAGAUUAAUUACUUGACCAUGAUCAUAACACGUGUUCAGAUUCUUUGGACUGAAGUUAUACCUAUGCUGUUGAAGGCCUGCACCAUCGCCAUCAGAUAUUCGGUGGUUCGCCGGCAGUCCAAGUUGAACCCGGGUGACCCAGAGGCAAAAAUCCUAGACUACCAGACUCAGCAACAGAAGCUACUACCUCUGCUAGCAACAGCCUAUGCCUUUCAUUUCAUGAACGCCUACGUGAACGAGUUCUACAACAAAGGAUACACAGAGAUCAAACAGGAGAAUUUUGAUUCACUACCUGAGCUUCAUGCGCUUACUUCAGGCCUUAAAGCCAUAAUUACAGAGUACUGCACGGCAGGAGCGGAGGUCUGUCUCAGGGCCUGUGGAGGACAUGGUUACUCUGCGCUGAGUGGACUCCCUUUUUUGUAUACUAAACUAGCCGCUUCUUGUACUUACGAAGGGGAAAACACAGUUCUGUUCCUGCAGACUGCCAGGUUUCUGGUAAAGUGCCUUGCAGCAGUUCACUCCGGCCAGCCCAUCCCUCCAUCGGCUGCCUAUUUGUAUUCAGUGGACUCUGGAAAGUGUCAGGCAUGGACCAAGAUGGACUUUCUCAGACCAGACAUUUACGCAGAGGCCUAUCGGCACAGAGCAACCAGGCUCCUCGGAAAUGCAGCAACCAAACUACAGGCUUUGGUUCAGUCAGGAGCUGAGCAGCAUGAGGCAUGGAACCAGUGCACAGUACAGCUUGUACAGGCUGCAAAGGCUCACUGCCACUACAUCGUUGUGAAAAACUUCAUAGACACAGUGGAGAAACUUAGAAAUGAGGCUGAAAUCCAGAAGAUUGUGCAACACCUUUGUGACCUUUUUGCAUUACAUGGUAUCUUCUCAAACACGGGAGAUUUCCUGCAUGCUGGGUACAUAUCUGGGGACCAAAUGGACAUGGUGAUUGCAUCCUACUUGGAUCUACUCGCUGUCAUUCGGAACGAUGCAGUGCCACUAGUGGAUGCUUUCGACUUCACCGAUGAAAGUUUAAAUUCUGCGCUUGGCAGUUACGACGGACACGUCUACCAACGGCUUUAUGAGUGGGCUCAAAAGUCACCAACCAACCAACAGGUGAGCCAGGCCUAUGCAAGCUACCUGAAACCACUUUUUCAGAGUGCUCUGUCAAAACUAUAA